CUCAAUUCCCUCUCCUGCUCUCAGCUCUCAGCUCUCUUCCACUCUAACCCUCAAGACUCUACACAACUCUUCCUCCACCUCCACUGGCACUCCCGCACCACGCCACCGCCGGCUGCUGCUCCAUCACAGACGCCUUCCGCCGCUGCUGCCUGGUGCUUUGAGCCUUUGACGUUGUCGGUGCUGCACUGCCGCUGUGGGUUGUUCGAAUCGAACACAUCCGAACACUCGAAGUCGAAGGUUGACAAACCCUAAUCCCUAAAAAUCGAAAAUUUUGAUUUUGUUUAAGAUGCGUUGAUCAUUACCUAAGUUUACUUGAUUUUAUUUCUUUCACCUAUGGCUACUUCAAAUGAUGUUGAUGACAUGACUAGCUCCCCAUUGUCGACAAAAAAUGUCUACAAGGAUCCUGAUGAUGGGCGUCAACGUUUUUUGCUUGAAUUGGAGUUCGUUCAAUGUCUUGCAAAUCCUACCUACAUUCAUUAUUUGGCACAAAAUCGCUACUUUGAAGAUGAAGCCUUCAUUGGUUAUUUGAAGUACCUUCAGUAUUGGCAGCGCCCAGAGUAUUUAAAAUUCAUAAUGUAUCCACAUUGUUUGUUCUUCCUUGAGCUUUUACAAAAUGCCCACUUUCGCAAUGCAAUGGCUCAUCCUGGGAACAAGGAAGUAGCACACAGACAACAGUUCUAUUUCUGGAAGAACUACAGAAAUAAUAGGCUGAAGCACAUUUUACCCAGAUCCCUUCCCGAACCUGAUCCUGCUCCUCCGGCUUCAACUGCUGCUCCACCUCCUCCUCCUGCUCUUCCUGCCACAUCUGCUGCUUCUCCAGCACUUUCUCCUAUGCAAUACUCAAUGCCCCCUGGAUCCGGUGUUGCUAAGAAUGAUACGAGGAAUAGCGGCAUUGAUCGGAGAAAGAGAAAGAAAGAUGGUCGAGAUUCUUGAUUCCUAUAUGUGUUGUUGGUAGCUGUUCGUAUGUUAUCAGGGAAACUGAAUUAUGGUUAAGCUUCUAAUCAUUAAAGGUGGGUGUAGCCCUUGUAGAUGCUUUUGGAGCUGUGGAUAAUGAUCUUCAUGAGUUGUGUUUAAGAUUGCUGGCACGAAUUCAUAUAUUUAUCAUUGUACUAAUCAUCCAAUUAGAUCAUAUCUUUAUUCCCACAUCCCAAAAAAAGUAUGUAAACAUCGGAUUUAAAUCAUCUAAAAUGCAACAAGCUUUGAUUCUUA